AUGCAGACUGUAAACCCAACUUCGUUAACUCAACAACCGUCCUACGUUCCCUCAUACACUGACAGACCAUCAAACCCUAUUACCGCAUCCACUUAUAGUGGACAAGCUCAAAACAACACAAUUUCGCCAUCGCCAUACUCAACUAUGGGACGACAAGAAACCUGGAUGGGAAGCGUGGGCUUCACGGAUCGCUUCACUAGAGACAGUAUGGGUUACGGACGAGCAACAACAGACGCGAAUUUGACUUAUGAGUCUGAACCUUUGGAACCUCUUUUUGGCAUGGCGCAGCCUUUGCCGCGAUUGCCGAGUCCCGAUACUCAGCAACCCACUGCACGCUCAAGACAUAGACGUGGAGACAAGAAGUGGUCUCGCAAGCAGUCACAUUCGGGAUACAUUGAAGUGCCCAGGAGGGUUGUUCACAAUGGGAAGGAAGAUGCAGUCAUGAAAACCAUAUAUUACAACCGAAGCUAUGGGGGUUAUUGGCACAGUCGACCAUAG